UCUCUCUGCACUGUGAGUAAUCCUCGGCCACACUUGCAGCUCCCAGGGGAUUGUGCAACUUCCUCUCAGGCUGAGGUGCAGGGGGCUGGGUGAGAAACAGUACUGGGGAGAAUGAGGAAACUGGGUCCAGCACCCGGGGCAGGGGCCUGGCCCUGGGCUCUGGCCCCCCAAGGAGCUGAGCUUUCCCAGGGGCUCCUUGCUGGGGACCGGCCUCUCCCAGAUGGGGAAACUGAGGCUUUGAAAGACUAAGUUCCUGUCCCGGGUCACACAGCUGGUGCCCAAGACCCGGUGCUCUGAAGCGGGCCGCGCCUCACAGACCUGCCCCCCGCCCGCAGGGAGCCGGUGCCAGUGGCCGCCAUGGCGUCGCGCAUCGGGCUGCGCAUGCAGCUCAUGCGGGAGCAGGCGCAGCAGGAGGAGCAGCGGGAACGCAUGCAGCAGCGGGCCGUCGUGCAUUACGUGCAGCAGCAGCUGGGCGGGCCGCCCACGCCGGCCAUCAACACCCCAGUCCACUUCCAGUCUCCACCACCUGUGCCCGGGGAGGUCCUGAAGGUGCAGUCCUACCUGGAGAACCCCACCUCCUACCACCUGCAGCAGUCCCGGGACCAGAAGGUUCGGGAGUACCUGUCCGAGACCUACGGGAACAAGUUUGCCGCCCACAUCAGCCCUGCCCAGGGCUCCCCGAAGCCCCUGCCGGCUGCCUCCCCGGGGGUGCGGGCCGGACAUGUGAUGUCCUCCUCAGCCGGCAACAGUGCUCCCAACAGCCCCAUGGCCAUGCUGCACAUCGGCUCCAACCCCGAGAGGGAGUUUGAUGUCAUUGACAACAUUAUGUGUCUGGAUGACGUCCUGGGCUUCAUCAAUCCUGAAACUCAGAUGCCCAACACGUUGCCCCUGUCCAGCAGCCACCUGAACGUGUACAGUGGUGACCCCCAGGUCACAGCCUCCCUGGUGGGCGUCACCAGCAGCUCGUGCCCCGCUGACCUGACCCAGAAGCGAGAGCUCACAGAUGCGGAGAGCCGGGCCCUGGCCAAGGAGCGGCAGAAGAAAGACAAUCACAACCUAAUUGAAAGGAGGCGGAGGUUCAACAUCAAUGACCGCAUCAAGGAGCUGGGAAUGCUGAUCCCCAAGGCCAAUGACCUGGACGUGCGCUGGAACAAGGGCACCAUCCUCAAGGCCUCUGUCGAUUACAUCCGGAGGAUGCAGAAGGACCUGCAGAAGUCCCGGGAGCUGGAGAACCACUCACGGCGUCUGGAGGUGACCAACAAGCAACUCUUGCUCCGCAUCCAGGAGCUGGAGAUGCAGGCUCGAGUGCAUGGCCUCCCCACCACCUCGCCAUCGGGCGUGAAUAUGGCUGAGCUGGCCCAGCAGGUGGUGAAGCAGGAGAUGCCCAGCGAGGAGGGCCCCGGGGAGGCCCUGCUGUUGGAGGCCGAGGUCCCGGAUCCUGAGCCACUGCCGGUUCUGCCCCCCCAGGCCCCGCUGCCCCUGCCAGCCCAGCCACCUCAGCCACCGUCCCCAUUCCACCACCUGGACUUCAGCCACAGCCUGAGCUUUGGGGGCGGGGGCGAUGAAGGGCCCCCAGGCUACCCUGAACCUCUGGGGCCAGAGCAUGGCUCCCCAUUCCCCAACUUGUCCAAGAAGGAUCUGGACCUCAUGCUCCUGGAUGACUCACUGCUACCACUGGCCUCUGACCCUCUCUUCUCCACCAUGUCCCCUGAGGCCUCCAAGGCCAGUAGCCGCCGGAGCAGCUUCAGCAUGGAGGAGGGCGAUGUGCUGUGACCUGGGCUGCUGCCAUGCUGGGGAACAGGGGUGGACCUGGGGGCUGGGAGGGCCGGGGCCACCUCCCUCCCACCCCUCGGGCUGCACUUGUGUGUGACAUAGCCAACUGCCCUGCCUCAUCACUCCUUCCUGUUGGCCCCCUGUUUGGACUUAGUGCCUGCUUGGCAGCGUGUGGGGGCAGGAGAAGCCCCCUGCCCGGCUCAGUACUCCCCAGGGAUCGCCCUCUUGAUAGGGCUGGGUAAGAAUAGGCCUUCAGCUCAGCUCCUGGAGGUGAAAUCAUGAGGGGAAGGGAGGGGACAGGUGUGCUAGAGGUAAGAAGAGGUGUCCUGGGAGGGUUCUGUCUUCUGAGUCUGAUCCCCACCCCUGCUGGUGAAGGAGGACAUGCGAGAGCAGGGGGUUCAGGAGAUUCCUUCUCUGAGGCAAUGACUGGUCCAGGGGAUGCCCAGGCCUGCCUUUUUGGGACUCAGAUGGCCACAAGUCUGUCCUCCAGCCUGGCACCCCCACCCCCCUUUGGUGCUAACAGCUCUCUACCAGAUGGUGUGAGGGCGGGGGCGGAAGAGGGGGCGCUGGGUUCCUGCUAGAGCACGGGGUCACUGCUGGAAGAGCAGCUCCCUCCAGGCUCCCCACUUUGUGCCUUUAGUAAACACUGUGCUUUGUA